CGCGUCGCCCACAACAGCCCGCAUCAUCAUCAUCAUCAUCAUCAUCAUCAUCAUCAGCACCAUCAUCAUCCUCAUCAUCAGCAGCAGCAGCAUCAGUGUGAUGAAGGAGCGGAGGACGGAGACCUUGCUGCUCUGAGACACUGGAUCAGCCCGCUGACAGGAUGACUGAGGUGAUGAACUCUCUGGAGCCGGCUACGGAGGACUUCAGCGGGGGUGGCGCAGCCGCAGAUCAGGACGCAAUCUUCCCAGAUACCCAUGAGAGGUAUCCAAAGCUGUCCAAGAGGCUUCCCUCCAUCGUGGUGGAGCCGUCCGACGCGACCGAGGUGGAGAGCGGCGAGCUCCGCUGGCCGCCGGACGAGCCGAGCUCUCCGGACGCCAAAAGUGGGAGACAGUGUGCAGAGGGACAAACUGCAGGUGAUGAACAGUUGAAUGUGGACGUGGACGAGGAGGCCACGGGGGCGGAGAUGCAGGACUGAACAAAACCGUCCUCACGUGUAAUCCACUGUUACUGUGAGUGUAUACAGACCUGGAUGAAUGAGAGAGAGUCGGACAGAGUGAGCAGAUUGCAUUAAAGGAUAGAGAAGAUGGCGGAGACGGAGGAGUGAAAGGUAGACUAAACAGAUUCCCAAACACCAGAUCACGGGGGCUUGGAGCCAGAGUUGUGUUGGCACCUUCUUUAAUAAAUAAAUGUUAAAGAAAGUGUUUUUGAUUUCAUGUUCUCUCCGACACACGUGAGAGAAUGAAGAUCGAACGGGACCAAGCUGCCAUUACGACUCUUAUUGCCUUUCGGCUGUUCUCUUUUCACGAGAAGCCGACGUAACACCUGGCAGCCGACAUGUUUUUACUGUCAUAAUUUGAAGUACACACACACAUUAGACACACGCUACGACGACUGUUGUCACAUUUCCAGCUUUGUGAUUUUUGUUAUUUUUUGAAUUUGCUAAAUUGGAUUUUCUCUCUGGCUCCAAGCCUUUCUGUCCAGAUGUCCCAUGAUGUGAUUUUUUUUUUUGUAAUCCGGACAGAUGUUUCUAAAUGCUGUCUUUAAAGUAUUUAGCUCGUGUGUGCCAUAUUACUUCUACUACUUCUAACGGUAGCUGCUGUAUUUAGUGCACAGGUUUGACAUAAAGUCUGGAUGUAAAUAACGUCACCGUGUGUUGAGUGGUGACUGCUGUCGUCUGGUGAUCUUGGUUCACUUUGUAAAACUAGCUACGAUGUUUUUUGAAGUAUUUGACUAAAGAAGCCUUCAUCACUUUAUUGAUGUUACUAUAACUCGUUCUUUAAUAUCAUAUUAUUAAGUGUCUUUAUACAUUAGGUGUUCAAGGGAAUGUAACGGUGUUCUGUUUUAUUUAGGAUAUUGAAGCAAUAUGUUCACAGGAUUUUAAAGGCGCUCCAUUUUGUUACAGAAGUUGAUAAUAAUCGGUAUAUUUUAGAUGUGAGUCGCUUGUCACAGACAUGAUAUUUUUUAAAAUACUGGAAGCCUAAAUUAUUGCACAAGUAAUAAACCUUUUCAAAAUU